AUGAGAGAAGCUGUUUUUACUGUCGGUGGGAUGAGCUGUAGCGCUUGCGUGAACACGAUUACGUCGCAAACGGUGUCGGUGACCGGGGUUCAGGAUUGCAAGGUUUCUCUGAUGACUAGUGAGUGUUUUGUCAGGUAUGACAGUUCGGAAUGCAGUUUGGAUGAACUAAAGGAGACGGUUGAGGAUUGCGGGUUUGAUUGCGAGCUUGUGAGGGAUAGCGAGGUGCCGAAUAGCGGGUUGCUGAAGCAGGGUUUGCUUACCGUGAGCGGGAUGACUUGUGGAGCCUGUGUGGCGACUGUGACAAAACAGGUGGAAGGUCUGGCGGGAGUGUAUGGGGCUGUCACGGCGCUUUUGACCGAGGAGUGUAGGGUGGAUUUUGAUGCGUCGAGGGUGUCUAUGGAGGAAAUAAGGGAAGCGAUAGAGGACUGCGGGUUCGACGCCAGGAUAGUAUCCGUGGUGGACUCCGAGCCGCAGGCGAACUGCAAGAGCAUUGUGUUCAAGGUGUUCCCGGUCUCUGCAGAUGCAGAUCCGGCUCAGGACGCAGAGAGGUUCAGCUCGCUGGUCGGAGCUGGGAUAAUAAGUGCUGAGCGGGAUGGGGACUGCUUGCUUACGAUCUGUUACGACAGAAACGACGUCGGGAUCCGGGAGGUGGUCGAUCGGAUAUCAGCGCUGGGCUACGAAGUGGUGGUGGCGUCUACUCUAGACAAUAACGCGCAGAUCAAGCUGCUGUCUAAGGUGCAGGAGAUCCAUUUCUGGACCUCAGCGUGUCUACGGGCCUGCUUCUUCGCUGUCACUACAAUGGUUUUGUACAUGGGGCUGCCCAUGUUGAUUCCGGGCCUUGUGAAAAGCAACAGUUUUCCGUAUAGUGCAACACCGGUACGGGGAUUCUACUACCGUGACUUGAUCGGGUUCGUUGCAGCAACGUACGUGCAGUUUUUUGUGGGUCGCUUUUUCUACACUGCGUUCUGGACGUCUCUAAAGCACAGAUCCGGCACCAUGGAUACCUUGGUGUGCAUUUCCACUUCCUGCGCAUAUUUCUUCUCCGUUUAUUCUAUCAUCCACAAUAUCGUUCGCCCAAGAGCCAACGGUAAGCUGCCCAACGUCAUUUUUGACACAUCCGUCAUGUUGAUCGCAUUUAUUACAUUGGGAAAGUUAUUAGAGACCAAAGCGAAGUCGGCCACUUCGACUGCCCUGUCCAAACUUAUAUCUUUGACGCCCUCUUCUUGCACGAUACUGCAGGAUGGCGAUUCCGAGAGCCUGCUAGAUAUUCCUAUAGAUCUUCUGGAAGUUGGAGACACCGUAGAGGUGAAACCAGGCAUGAGAAUCCCAGCUGACGGCGUUGUUCUACGAGGAGAAACUGAGGUAGAUGAGUCCUUGAUGACCGGAGAAUCAUUGCACGUUCAUAAGAAAGAAGGCUCUCUGGUGAUCGCGGGCUCAGUAAACGGACCGGGCCACUUUUACUUUAGAGCUACGGGAGUAGGUGAUGAAUCUAAACUGUCUGCGAUUAUCCGCACCAUGAAGAAAGCUCAGUUGAUCAAGGCACCAAUACAAAGAUAUGCGGAUUUCGUGGCUUCGGUUUUCGUGCCAUCCAUUUUAGCUUUGGCUUUGAUCACCUUCUUCGUUUGGAUUAUUCUCUGUAAAGCUCUCAACAUUGCAAACUUGCAAAACUCCGAAAAUGGAGUCUUUUACGAGUGUCUUCAGAAGGCGAUCUCUGUCGUGAUCGUGGCGUGUCCAUGCGCACUUGGCCUAGCAGCUCCUACUGCUAUCAUGGUCGGGACUGGAGUGGGCGCACAAAAUCAGGUUCUGAUCAAAGGUGGUGAAGUACUGGAAAAGUUCAACAGCGUUGGGGCUUUCAUCUUCGAUAAAACAGGAACGCUGACUACUGGUCAGAUGAAGGUGGAACGAUUCUUGCCAAAUGGUUCCUUUGAGAACGGCGAUGGUCUCUUGGCCUGCAUUAGAGCAUCUGAAGCGAUCAGUGAACACCCUGUGGCAAGAGCGAUUGUCCAAUACUGCGAUGAGCUGCUCUCCGGAAAGUCUGUGACAGCUAAAGCUCUCAAGGGCGAGAUUCAUAUGGGACAGGGCCUUUCGUGCGAAUGUGAACUAGAUGGUACCACAUACAAGCUGAAAAUCGGAAGCAGAUCAUUGAUGCCCUCAGGAUUUCAAAAUUCGAGCAAUUCGGCAACUGAAAAUAGGCAUGGCUUCACGCUCUGCUACGUUUCUGUCAAUGAUGUGGUUGUUGGAAAAUUUGAACUAGUGGAUGACAUUAAAAAGGAUGCAUCUAACACCAUUGAAUACUUGACCCAGAGAGGCUUCAGCAUUUACCUGGUCACGGGAGAUAAUGCCAGCUCUGCCUUGAAAGUAGCCCAGGCAGUCGGAAUCGAUAUGAAUAAUAUAUUCAGUGAAGUCCCUCCUAAUGGUAAGUCGGACGUGGUGAAACAGCUGAGGGAUGAAUUGAAUCAAGGAGUGGUUUUUGUCGGCGACGGAAUCAAUGAUUCGCCCGCUCUUGUGACAAGCGAUGUCGGGAUAUCAAUCUCUACAGGAACUGAUAUUGCAAUGGAGGCUGCUGACGUUGUUGUUCUGUGCGAUACUGAGGCUAAGAAUGCGAGCUUGAAAGGCCUAGUGGACGCUUUAGACAUUUCCCAACAGACUUUCCGUCGUGUCAAAUUGAACCUGUUCUGGGCCUUGUGCUACAACACCUUUAUGAUACCAAUAGCAAUGGGUGUUUUGACGCCCUGGCACAUCUCAUUGCAUCCAAUGGCCGCUGGUCUUUCUAUGGCUCUGAGUUCCGUGAGCGUUGUCAUGAGUUCCCUAGCGCUGAAAAGGUGGAAGCCAGUGGAUUUCAACACUGUGGACAACAGCCGUUCCUAUAAACCGUCAUCUUCCUGGCUAUCGCGCUUUAUGCGCCGCAAUAAUACACCGACCGCUGAGGACAUAGAACUGCAAACUGAUCUCCUUCAGCAAAGAAAUUGA